AUGACACCUAACGGUCAAGGAGAGUAUAAGAUCCUCAAUAAGUAUCAGUUAAAAUGCGGAGCUGCUUUGAUCUGCGAUGCAGCUAGCAAAAAGCCGAUCAAGCCAGUCGAUGAGGUCGAUUUCCGAAUCUUGGAAGAAGCACAGAACCGGAAAAUGGAUAGAUUGAUCGGGUUACUUGAUUUGAAGACAAGUGAAAGAAUACUGGAAGUUGGAUGCGGUUGGGGUUCAUGUGCAAUUCGGGCGGUAAAGAAAACGCCCUGUAAUUGGACUGGAAUCACGAUUUCACAUGAACAACUCGAAUGGGCCAAACGACUUGCAGCUGAGGCAAAUUUAGAAAACAAUAUUUGCUUCAAAUACCAGGAUUAUAGGUUAACAACCGGCCAAUAUGACAAAAUUAUAUCUGUGGAAAUGAUAGAGGCGGUUGGACAAGCAUUUCUUCCUCAGUACUUCCAA